AUGAUUAUUAAACAAACAGAAUCUACUGCCUAAAUAUUUCAAAAUAUCAAACAAUAAUAAGUAAUUACUUAUUCAUCAUUAAUAGAAUUAGAAUAUUUUUCGAAGAAAUAAUUCAUUUGUUUAAAAUUUAUUUGAGAAUGUGUCUCGAUUAGCUAUAAUUAAGUCAGUUAUCCCUGAAGAAAAUCCUAGUUCCAAAUUACAAAAAGAUAUUUAACUUCAAGAGACAAAUUAUAAUUAGAAAUAGAUAGAAAAUUAUGAAUCAAGUCAACAAGAUUACAAUCCAAAAUUAACAACCUCUAUUCUAAAUGCAUUAACAUACUUAGGUGAUAAUUAAUAAAAAAGUAAAGUAUUAAAAGCAUUCAUUUCUGUUCAUAUUAAUUUUUAAUCUUAUGAGAAAAUGAAAUAUAUAAUUCAAUAUCUUUCAAAAGAACUAGCAUCAUAUAUUGAACAUAAUUAUAACGUCAAUAUAUUAAAAUAAUUGAAUGAUGCAUAUAGAAUGGUAUUACUUUAUUAUAUUUAGCAAAUAGAUUAAUAAAUUUCAAAUGUCUUAUUUUUUGAAGCUCCCUUAUUAGAAAAUAAAAUUCAGUACAACUCUGCAUUCUUAGCUACUUAUUUGAUGCAUAUUUGGUCUUAAAAAAAUCUUAGUAAAAUAUCUAUUAAUUUUAGACAUGAAUAGUAAAAAUAAAAUAAUAUUUAUUAAUUUAACAGGAAUUUAGAACAAUGAUGCUGAUAUCUAUAAAUUGUUUCCUAAUGGUGAUUGUCUAUACAUUUCAUUAUAAAGAAAUCAAAAUGCAUUACCUCAGUAAGAAAAUAAAUUUUAAUCUUAACAUCAAUCCAAUUUUAAGACUAUAUUAAUAUAAAAUUGUCAGGAAGAGCUAACAUGGUAAAAAUUCAAAAUUAUUUACAAAUUUAUAUUAAAAAACCACAUUAAAUCAUUCAAAUCGACAUUAUUCAUUCUAUCUGUUGCAAAACAAUUCGAAAAUGUAAUAUUUUAUUUCAUUUUAGGAAAAUUGUUUAUAGUUUUCAGAAGAUUGUUUAAAAAAUAUUGUUAAGAAAUUUUCAUAUUUAGCUAAAGAUAGAUUGAUAAUACAUUCUUACAUUUCACAAAGUGAAAAAGCAGAGCCAAACCAAAAUUUAUCAGAUGAAAAAGCAAAAAACAAAAAUUUAUAAGAUGAAAAAAUUUAAUAAUUAUAAUUAAUUACUUUCAUAAAUAGUUUGCAAUAAGGAAUAUUGUCUUAAGAUCUUUUACUAUUUGAUAAAAAUAAAUAAUAAACAGAUUAAAUAGAAUAUAUUAAAUGGAUACAAAAUUUAGUAGAUUUAAAUUAUAAAACAAUUAAUUUUGAUACUUUAGAUAAAAUUAAAAGAGAAUUAAGAAACUUAAUGAUGAACUCAUAAAUGUAAUUAAUCUAAAAUCAAAAUUUUAAACUGGGAGUUUGUAUUUUGAAGGAUGAUAUCUAAAAUUAAGUUAAGAACGAUUUAGUAGAUUAUUAAAUUAUCUAUUUGUUUUAUGAAGGAAAAAAUAUUUAGUUUCUAUAAAAUACAAUACUAUAUGUAGAUUACACCAGUAAAUAAAUAGUUUUGCUUCAAUAUGAGAAUGAAAAAUAUUUUGUAUACUUUGAAUAUUUUAAUAAAUUGGAUUCCAAUAAGUAAGAUUUAAAUUGGUAAGAUAAUUAAUAAUUAUUAUUUAGUCAAAGAUUUGAAUUAUCUAAUGAACUAGAAAAAUAGAAUAAAUUUUUGGAUGAUUCUAUACUCAAAAACUCUUCAUUAAUAGUAAGCGAUUAAAACAUAUACAUUGUUUAUUAUUAAUGUGGUUAAGAAAUAAUUAUUAUUAAUACUUAAAAUUUGUCUGUUGUUGUUUUGAAAAGGAAUAAAUUAAUCUAUUAAAAAGAUAAAGCUAAUGAUAAACUCAAAAUUAUAUAUAAUUAAGAUUAAAAGAAUGUAGAGAUGUAAAUAUAAGAUAGAAGAAAACCUGCUAUUGUUAAAAAUUAACUUUGUAGUGGUUUUAAUUUUGCAAUUUUCGGAGGAGAAUUUCUAAAGUAUAAAUAUUGUAAUCUUUUAAGUUCUAAUAAAGUCUGUAACCUAAUAGAAUUACUCCAAUUAAAUAGCAAUAGUUUUGCAUCAAUAAUUAUUCCUAAAUAGAAUAUUUUUGAAAAAUGCAGUUUUUACAUACCUUGGCCAAAUAUGAUAGUUUUAGUCACUAAUCAGCAACCAAGCACGUAUGUUCUGUUACCUGGUGAUUAUAAUAAUAAAAAUGUCUGUUAUAACUAAGUCAUUAAUAAGGAGCAUCAAGAAAAUGCAAUUAUGAUAACAUCUCACAAAGAUUCCCUUAAAUUUCAAAUAGAAAAAUUGAAAAUUGUUUAUGAUAUUUCUAAUUUAUAAUAAAAAGAGAUACCUAUUCCUAUUUAAUAUUUUUCAGGUAAUUAAAUUAAUAUAAAACAUCCUGAAAAAAUAGAAAAUCAAUAAAAAUGGCAUCUAGCUAUUACCUUAUUAGAAUAAUUCAACCAAAAUUAAGAUGCAGGCUUUUCCAAACUUGUUUAAUUAUAUAUAUUAGCUGAAAUUCAAAUCAAACCUAUUUAAAAAGAGUUAAGAAUUAAACAGUCAUUUAAAAGACUUUAAUGUAGUGAAGUUUUAUAAAAAAAAAUAGUAAAUUAUCAUGAAGAAAAAUGUAAUAUAUUAAAAAAUUAAAUUAGAAACCAAAUAUAAUUACAUAAUAUGCUAAAGAUAAUAAUGA